GCACGGUCGCGCCGGUCGCAAAACUGUUUUCCUCCUCAUUUGGUGGUUCGUUUGUUUGGUUGAUCGUUUCGUUUCGGUCGUUCGCGAGUUUCGAGCUUGUUUCGUCUAUUAUUGUUUCAAUAAUGUGAAUAAAAAUUGAGAUUUUUUUAAAUCCGAAACUAAAAAGUGCAAAACAAACAGACUUUUCGAAAAAGGAAGCCUCACCCAUAUGUAGCCCAAAUGUUUCCGCGAACGACAUUCCGAUGCAUUGGCAUCUGAAGGGCCCCCAGAACCCUCCAGAAUCAGCCAAACCGGCGGAAGAGGAGUGCAACCAGCCCUACAAGGACCUGCGAUCUGGCAACUGGAAAAUGACAAAUUUGAACAAACUCAAGGUGGUAGUCAUUGGCAGCUCCAAAGUGGGAAAAUCAGCCGUCACCGUGCGAUACCUGACCAAACGCUACAUCGGCGAGUACAGCUCAUCGCGGGAUUUCGUCUACCGACACGGAGUCAUCUACGACAAUGUUACAACCGAGGUGGAGAUCUUGGACACGUCUAAAUGUGAUAAACGAGGUUGCCUGUACGAGCAUCUUCGCUGGGGCGACGCGUUCGUCGUGGUGUACUCCAUCUGUGAUAAGGCCAGCUUCGAGGAGGCCGCUGAUUAUUUGCAGCAGCUGACCAAGCUCAAGCUGCCCUCGUACUACACGAUCCUGCUGCUGGGCAACAAGAGCGAUCUGGACCACGCGAGAGAAAUCUCCGUCAACGAUGGCCAGGAGCUGUCCUUCCGCUACUCGUGCCAAUUCUACGAGGUGUCGGCGGCAGAAAAUUUCGCCGGAGUUUCGCUCGCGUUUCAGUCGCUAAUUAGGGAGGCCCGCUCGACGCAGCUCUUUCGGGCCCUGCCCCUGCGGAGGAAACUGGGCGUCAACUCGGUGUCCAAGGCCCUCGGGAACAUCUUCGGCAAGAACAGCAAGGGCGAGCGCAAGAAACGGCCCUCGCUCAGCAUAUGACCGACGACUAUGCCGACCACGACGGCAGAACUUUUUUCCUAUUAUUUAGCUAAAGUAGACUUCAGUGUUGAUAGCGCCUGUAAAUAUAGCUUUUUUUGUACAGAGUUAAGGCUAAAGUUAAGAGCAUUCGUUAGAAGAGAUAAGAUAAAUGAGAAUAUUUACGACAACCAUUCCAGAGUUGAACAUGUGCCAUUUUAUGGCCAAUUGCAUGCACAAAAGAUUUUGUAAAUAAAUAGAGUUAAGCCAUGCUCUCUACAAACUGAUUAAACUGACAACUACUCUAACAAUAUCCUGACAAACGAACAGGGAACACCAAUCGUUCCUAUUUCAUUUAGAGUUUAAGUUAAAAAUUCAAUUUGCAAAAAGACAACAGAAUUACAAAAUUUUGAUUGGA